GAGGGUGGGGGCUGUGUGCAGACCCCAGCAGGGCCCAGAGGAGUCAUGUGCUCAACCUUGUCCUCCCAUAACACGGACAGAGGGACAGGAGAGGAGUCAAAACCCAGUAACCCCUGAUAAACCAGCUGGAAACCCAUCUUAUUCAGUGGAUGUACUACAGUGCAAGAGGAGUUUCUGCCUCUGCUUGUCACAUGCACUUGCUGUAGUUGGAGGGGAAAGUUAGACUGAGUGUGGGCAUCCAGUAGCUGAGUCAAUCCUGGACCAUGAAGCUUAGCGUGGCGUUGUUUUUCGCUGGGCUCUUUGGGGCGUUGGCAGCUGUGUUCAUCCUCCUCUCGUUUGGAACUGAUUACUGGCUGCUGGUUUCAGAGAGUUGCCACCCAAACCCUGACGGAUCUGUUGGCCCAGGUGGUGUGACCAUAGAGCGUGGAGAUGUGGUGGUGCAGGAGGACAUUAGUGAUAUCACUCUGUACCACGAGGGUUUUUUCUGGAGGUGUUCAUUUGGAGGCAGCGCAGGUGAUGAAAACCUGCUGUGGAAGCUGUGGUUCACAAAUCAGCCUCACUCAAAAGUGUGCAUGCACGGCUACCUCUACCCAUUCCCAGUGUCUCAUCAGACCCACAAUGCCACAGACUAUGAUUAUGCCAUAAUCUACAGAGGAUUCUGGAGCAUCUUCAUGCUCAUUGGUGUGGCAGCUGUUGUGCUCGGUGGGUUCGUCAUCAUCUGUGCUGCUCCAUUCGCCAGCCAUCGCUUGUAUAAAGCAGGAGGCGGACUCUUCCUGGCAUCUGGUCUUGUCCUGCUGUGUGUGGUGGUGAUGUACGUACUGUGGCUGCAGGUGUUGGGUGUGAUGGAAGCCUACAUAGAGCACCAGCGCUCUGCACUGUGUUCAGACUUCCAGCUGUCCUUCAACUAUGGUCUGUCCUUCAUGUUUGCCCCUGUUGGCAUCUUCUUCUGCCUCCUGGCCGGCUUUCUUUUCCUCCUCAUUGGCCAAACCAUCAAGGUUCAUUACCACUAACUCUAACCAGCAGCAGGUUAGAGGAAGAGUGGGGGCUUGAGAAGUGUUUUUCUUCCUCCUGUAUUUUUAUUUUUUUAUCACCAGACAUUUGAUAAUUUCCCAAUUUUGUCUGCCAUGUAAAAGCAGGACUCUGUAGAUACUAUAUGGCAUCUCUGUGGUGUAAAGGAUCUGACAGUCUUCCGCAUUUUGUUCCAGGAUAAAAACAUUACAACCAUUGUUGAGCUUGGCAUCAUAAUCUCUCCACCCUGAGCAACAUUCAAUUGAGCUAGUGGACUAUAUGAGGAAUUCUCUUCGAGCAUGAUCAGUAUAAAUACCUGUGGUGCUUAACACUUUUGUUUGAAUCUUGUCUGAGGUUGUGAGGAUUCAUGUUCAUGAAAUUCAUACCAGCAGUUGAUGCUUAGGAAUGUAUGUAUGACUUUGUAUAGCGGUUUUUAAAACUCUUAUACAAAAGUUCACAGUAAAAAGCUUAUAAUGUGGCAUGAUGUGUUUUAUAUUCUGUGGGUUGCAGGGGUUGGCACAAUAUACAGUAAUCGAAGUCAGUGUUUCUGGAAUAAACACCUGGCCAGCAGCUAUUUCUGCUGUCAAUGUUCAGGGUACAGUUGACGAUAUGUUAUAAUUUUUGUCACUGUUCACAAAUCCAAUGAAAAGAUCAAAACUGAUACUUUCUAACUUCCCCAUCUUAUCUGUAUUGUGACACUCAGGUCCAAAACCAUUAAUUUACACUGAAGUUUUAUUCUUCAAACAGAUCACAAAUGUAACCUUUCAUUUAAAAAAAGGAUAAAUGAGUUCUUGAGACUGGGCACUGUGGUUUUUAGCAAAUGAUGAGUGAAUGGUAGAUUUUUUUCAAUGAGCUCUAUGGCACAGAUAAAUAAUUUAUAUCAUGUUUUGGUAACAGAGACACUUAGUAUCCAUUUAUUGUUGGUUUUGGUCUUUUUAGUUUAUAAUAAGAAUUAUAUGGAAUAUCAUUAGACUUAUCCCGUAACAUAAUCAAAUAUUAAUAUUUUACAUAGUGUAUCAUGCUUAUUUUUUCUGCUUUUUCUGCAGUAUUAUUUUACUAUUUCUGUACAUAGCCUGAAACUGCUGUUAUUUGGUCAUAUGUUUUCCAGUUUGACUUUGUGUUGAGUGUAUGUAACUGUUUAUGUUCUGUUGUUGAGUUUUUUGUUUUAGUUGUACCACCAGUCUGGUUCUUCCUUGAGUUGUUAAGUGUGUUGUGAGAUUCUGACAAAACUUCAUAUCUGUUGGCCAAUAAAAAGAUGAGGAGAAGGCAAGCUUUGAUGAAUAAAA